AUUACUUGUUUAAAAGUAUCUGACAAAACUUUAUUUGGUGAAGCAAUUUACAGAGAGAAGAUUUCAUCACAAAAUUAUACUUUUGAAAUAAAACAAUUUACAAAUGCUUAAAAUGAGUACAAUGAAGUAUUUAGUGAAAGAGAUCUUGUUCUUCUUGGUGGAAAAUUUACAUUAGAUGGUCAGCAAGUAAUGCUGUGAAGAUGGCCUGCAUUUUGGAUCCCAAAAUAGAUUCAAAUGGUCAACAUUUAGAAUGGGAUCCUGCAACAAUUCCUUCUACUAAACCCUUUAUGCAUAUUUGUACUACUUUUGUACCACUCCAUAUGACAUCAUUUGAGGAUAUGAAUUUUGUAAAAACACGAUCUUCAAUUUUUUCAUCUUUUCACAAAGAUACUCAUUCUGUUCACUUUGAAAUUGGAUACUCUAAAAGCUCCAAAUGGUUUGAAUCCAUUAAGGAUAAGUGGAACAAAUACACAAAUUUCUACAUUGGAGAGUUUUUAGAAGCUGUUUAUUUAUCCAGUGAAAAAAAUACUGAAACAACCUAUGCACAAGUUGACGUGAAAAUUAUUGAUUUUGAUGUCAAAUCUUCUCAACAAAAUACCUCAACUUUUAGUCCACAAUCAACAUCUAUGAAAUCAGUUAAUAACACAUUUACAAAAAGAAGAUUUCAAAUUCUCAAUCCUUGACCAGUUCACCAGUAAAAUCAUCCACUUCUAAAUACAAAGAUUCUAACAAGUAACAUUAAUAAUAAUUUAGUAAUCACAAUAGAUGAUCAC